UAAUGUGAUCUUGGCGACCGAGAUCUUGUUUUCACUAUGAGAAGUGAAUCGGGUUGUAUGGAUUGGUUGCAGCAGAAAAUGCAAAUUAUGAUUCUUUUUCCUUGUUGGAUUUUUUCAAUCCUGUUGAAUGUGUAACUACAACUAUGGCAACAAGAGUAGAAAUAAAUUCUACUUUGGCGUCUUUGACGACAGUACCUGACUUAAAUGAAAGCAGAAAUGAGGAUAAAUCACAGCGUGUGUAUGUGAGUGUGCUUUCAGAUGCAAGUAACAAGACAAAGGAGGCUUCAGCAUCACUAACUCUUGAAGAGAAGAACAAGUUUGGGAGUACUUUGAGAUCUGCAACAAUGCCGUCACUAGGAUCAAGGCCAAGACUUUUUCCAAAGCCUUUUUCUAAAGAGAAAUCUUCAGAUACUUUUGCAAAUGUAAAACCACCUAUUCCGGCUUUCAGAUCGAGUAGUCUUAUUAGAAAGGCCACUGAAGAAACAUCAUCUGUUAAGGUAUUAAGUGGAAAUGUUCCUCCGUUAGUAGAUCAGACGGUAAUUGAAAAUGAAAAUAAGGCUGGCAGUGAAGUAGUCACAAACAUGACUUUCUACACUGGUCCCAGUGCGAAUACUGUCAUUCUUUUUGAGACGGCAGGCACAGAGCAAUCGAAGGUAAACCUGGCCCAAGAAAAAAGGGCUGCUGAUGACUGCAGAGUAUUUAGUACUAUGCAAACAAAAGAGCUUCAGUGCAAUGCGAAGCUGGAGAAACCAUCUCAGCCAUCUGAAACAUCCAGGAAUCCUGAAGGGUCUCUUCAUAGGCAGAUAUCGCUUUCCUCCAGUCUUAGACCAGUCUCUUGGAAUUCCCUCAAAACUGGUGAAAAAAAAGAUGCUUAUGAAGUUCAUCCAGGGGAGAAAAACAGUGAUGAUGCAAAUAAUACCAACAGUGAAGUUGAUUUCUCCAUUGAUGUGCAGCAAAGGCCAAAACAUAGACCAGUAUCUGCUAUUUUUCUGGAAUCAUUACGAGAUCAAAAGCAUCGCACUGUGGAAGCUUCUGAGGAAGAAUCUCCUGCAGAGAAAACAUGGGUUAGAAAACCAAGGCCUUUGUCCAUGGACCUGACAGCCAAGUUUGAACAGAAAGAUCUUUCUUCUUGCAAGAAGACUUGUUCAUCUCAUGAAAGCAAGGAGAAUGUAUCGAUAAUUUCUUUUACUGACGUGGGCUGUCAUGAUCAGUCUGAAGCGGGGCCAAAAACUGAAGAAACUGAAUUUAAUAAAGUCAGUUCUUCUAAAACAAAUUUGAAGUGCAGUAGUCAGGACAUCGGCAUCCUAAAUAAUGGAAAAUACAUAUGGGAAACGAAGCUUAAAUCUAAAAGUGAGCGAAUUGAGGCAAAACCAGAAAUAAUGACUAAAUUGCAUGGUUCUGAAAGAAGCCAUGAAACCACUAGUGAAAGCAGAACUAAUACGGAGGGCAAAAGACCAGAUCAAAAAGAAACAUAUAUGUUUCUAGGCUGUGAAAGCCCUGCAGCUUCCUCAGAAAAAGAGAACAAUAUCAUAAGAGGUAGUGUUAAAAAACACAUUAGUUUGUUUACUUCAGAAAAUCCCAGUACCUCAAUGGAUACAGAGCUUCUCCCAUCAACUGCUGAGAAGGAAAACAGAUGCGUGAACAUCCAACAGAGAAUCAAAGAACUGACAACAGAAAAUACUGAUAUUAAGCCAGGAAAUCUACGCAGGUCACUUCAAUCACGACCACUUUCUGCAGAUUUAACAAAGAUGUUUUCAAGUCCGACAUCAAGCAGUGAAGCAAAGCCUGAGAAACCUUCUGAAACUAGAAACGACUCUUGCAAUGAAAUGCAAGGAAAUAAAAAAAGUAAGGAGAUCACGCUUGCACAUGGCACCGAUUUCACUGAAGCACAUGCUACUGGGAACCCUUGGAAAUCCCGGCAGAUUUUAAAAAUAACAAAUAAACCUGAUCAGAUAGAGAGGAAAGGAAGCUUCCUUGGAGAUGGUCAGCAUUUUUCUCAGCAAAGUGAAAAUUCUGUCUCGUUCACAAGCAACUUGGAAAAAAAAUUAAAGCCAACCACACUUAUGGAAAAGACCUACAUUAAAACUGUCCGAGCCACCAUGUUUGACCAUAAUGAGUUUUAG